AUGGCCGAGUCUACAGCGUCAGAUGGGCUUCUGGCCCUUUGGCAUUCUUUCCGCCUCCCCUUGCUCGUCGCCCUCGCCACAGGUUUAGCCAUCCUCCGCCUCCGUCGCGUGCUCCAAACCCGGUCGAAGGCCGCUACAGCUUCCUCAAUCCCCUCGUCCCCGCGCAGUCUGUCCCCGGAAAAGAAGCCGAGACUCGAUGAAUUGACGAGCACAGUUGAGAAGAAAGACACAAAGGCGUUAGACAGCGGCCGCAUCUCGCCCAAACCCGCGGUGGGACCGAAGAGAGUGACGGGCAAGAAGCCGAUAAAGACUGCCGGACGACGUACAGACGCUGCACCCGCCGAGGUGGAGCAGCCUGUAACAUUCAUUCAACCGAUCAUAUUCUGGGCAUCGUUGACUGGAAGUACCGAGCGAUAUGCAAAGGUGCUGCUGGAGGACCUGCGUGCGGCGGCGCAGACCAAGACCGAUCCUGAGAACCGCGAACGCGGCCUUCUGCCACCGCAAAUUUACGAUCUAGCUGAAGUCGAUUAUGAUGACUACUUUACCACGGCCCCGAAGCCCCCGUCUACCUCGCCCGGUACGCGCUAUGUCUAUCUUUUCCUGAUCCCCUCCUACAACAUCGACACCAUUCUCGACACAUUUCUCGCGCACCUCGACGAGACCCAUCACGAUUUCCGCAUUGAUACGGGAUCUUUGUCGUCUCUUGCUGGAUAUGCUGUGUUCGGCUUCGGAGAUAAAGAAGGAUGGCCGACGGAGGAGGAAGGGUUCUGCUCGCAGGCUAAAGAGCUUGACAGAUGGAUGGCUAAACUUUCUAACAAGAAGCGCGCCUAUCCUCUCGGAUUUGGAGACGUGAAGAACGAUGCCCAGGCAGCUCUGAAAGAGUGGACCGAGGGAGUGCAGGAUAUCUUGGGCGAUAUCGUUGAACAUGGAAGCCUAGGAGAAGGUGUUCCUGGCAGUGGCGAUCCACUGGAAAGUGACGAAGAAGAGUCCGACGACGAGGAGUCUGAUGAAAGCAAAUCGAAGAUCCGCAAAGGGAGAAAGCCUCAAGCGGUUGUCGAUCUAGAGGAUAUCAAGAUGGGCGCUGAUGCCCAAGUUGGUGGCUCGCCCAUUCCAGUAGAUUUCACGAUUGCCGGGACUUCUCAGGGUAUUCAGCCUACUGAGAAAGAAAUGGUCCCCAAGACAUCGCCAACCUAUACUUCCCUCACAAAGCAAGGAUACACAAUUGUCGGAUCCCAUUCUGGUGUCAAGAUUUGCCGCUGGACAAAGUCUGCGCUCCGAGGGCGCGGAUCGUGCUACAAGUUCUCGUUCUAUGGUAUUAGAUCGCACCUUUGCAUGGAAGCAACACCCUCUCUUUCCUGCAGUAACAAGUGCAUUUUCUGCUGGAGACACGGCACAAACCCUGUGGGCACCACCUGGCGCUGGAAGGUCGACUCGCCAGAUCUAAUCUUUGACGGCAUCAAAGAAGGCCACUACAAAAAGAUCAAACAGAUGCGCGGCGUCCCCGGUGUCCGCGCCGAGCGCUUCGCAGAGGCCAUGCGCAUCAGACACUGCGCCCUCAGCCUCGUCGGCGAACCCAUCUUCUACCCUCAUAUCAACCCCUUCCUCGACCUCCUCCACUCCGAACACAUUUCCAGCUUCCUCGUCUGCAACGCGCAGCACCCUGACCAGCUGGAAACACUCAACCGUGUCACACAGCUCUACGUCUCGAUCGAUGCCAGCAACCGCGAGAGCCUCCGCAAAAUCGACCGCCCUUUGCACCGCGACUUCUGGGAACGCUUCCAGCGCUGCCUCGACAUUCUCCGCGAGAAGCGCCACGUGCAGCGCACAGUCUUCCGCCUGACCCUCGUCAAGGGCUUCAACAUCGAUGAUGAGGUCGUCGGCUACGCGAACCUCGUUGAAAAGGCUCUCCCCUGCUUCAUCGAAAUCAAGGGCGUCACAUACUGCGGCACAAGCACCAGCGCCGGCGCGGGGCUAACAAUGCAAAACGUCCCCUUUUACGAAGAAAUACAGGAAUUCGUCCUAUCUCUAAACAAAGAACUCGAGCGCCGCGGCCUCGACUAUGGAAUCGCCGCCGAGCACGCACAUAGUUGCUGCGCCCUACUCGCAUCGCGACGGUUCUACGUCAACGGCAAGUGGCACUCGCGCAUCGACUACCCGCGCUUCUUCGAGUUGCUCGAACGCGAGAAGGCAGAUGGAACGACGUUCCGGCCUGAGGAUUACAUGAUGGAGACGGCGGAAUGGGCGCUCUGGGGCAAUGGCGGGUUCGAUCCGAAUGAUGAGCGUGUGUACGCCAAGGGAAAGAAGAAGGCGCUCAAAGCGGCGGAGCCGGCAGCGGCAGCAGAAGCAGAAGCGGAGGCAUAA